AUGUUAUCCCGUCUCCCAUUCGCCGUAAUUUGGACCUCCAUCUUCUCUAUAACUCCAAUCCGAGCAGCCUGCACCCGAGAGGACCUCCUCACAACCGCUGCCCAGUUUGUGGCUGCGGUCGAGGCCGGUGACCUAACCUCCCUGCCCCUCAGCGCCGACGCCACAUACCAGGAAAAUAAUGCCCCGGCAGCACUAGACACUACCGCCGUAUUUUCCCAACCGCUCAAAAUAGACCUGUCACGCUCCACAGCCGAUACGGUGGAAUGCGCAAGCUACACGCUAGUCAUAUCCGCUUCCGGCGCCACCCCCUACGUCCUCGCGACCCAACUCCGUCACCCGGAGGGGGAUGCAACCACCAUCACGUCAAUCGACACCAUCGCGGCAACAACAGGCUCGCUUUUCUUCGACGCCUCCAAAACACUCGGGUACAUACACAAUAAGUCAUGGGCUGAGAUCGAGGAUCCAGCGCAGCGACCCAGCCGGGACCUCCUUAAACAGGUCGGCGACGCAUACUUGGACAUGUGGACGGAUGCCAACGCGGCCGAUACAAUCCCGUGGGGUACCAAUUGUGAGCGGGUCGAGGGCAGCUCGUACACGCGCCCUUGUGGGGAGCAAUUGCCGCACGGUGGGAGCGCGCAGAGGAAUGGAAACCGCCGGUAUGUCAUUGAUGAGGUGGUGGGGAGUGUCGAUGUGUUGUGCAGUUUCGAUUCGCUUGGAAGCUUGCCGGAUAGUCAUGAAAUCAGGGUUGAGGGAGGCCUGGUGAAGUAUGUGCAUACAGUCACUGUUUGA